UAUUUAUGUGUUACAUUUAAUUUCCUACCAUCUCAUUGUUAUCAUUUUUUCCCAUUUUUGUUUCUGGGAGGGGGGACACUAUGAAAGCCUGUGCAUUUCGGGUGCAUUCCUGCUGCUGGCUGGGACUAUGAUUUAUCAAUGCUCGCAGCUUUGUUCUCAUGACACACUUGAACUCAUUCAGUCGCAUCAAAACAGGAGAGAGCGGUGAUUUAACUUUCUUGCAUCUUCGACGAAUCCAGCUGCAGCAGGUACUUUCUGCACUUGAGCGGCUGCCCUGCUGUGUGUAGGUGUUGAAGCAGCCAUGUGGAGCAGAGAGAGCGCUCCUCCACUUCUCCUCUGCCUGCUGGCGCUCACUGCUCUCUGGAAAACCAGGUCAGUGAGCUGCGAUGCCCAAUCCGAUGCCUUUAAAACCAACAUCACCCUGUUCACGCGCAUCCUGGACAGCCUGCUGGAUGGAUAUGACAACCGUCUACGGCCAGGUCUUGGAGACAGGAUAACAGAGGUGAAGACAAACAUCUACGUCACCAGCUUCGGACCAGUUUCAGACACAGACAUGGAGUACACCAUCGAUGUCUUUUUCAGGCAAAGCUGGAAGGACGAGAGGUUGAAAUUUAGCGGACCGAUGAAUAUACUGCCGCUCAACAACCUGAUGGCCAGUAAAAUCUGGACUCCGGACACCUUCUUCCACAACGGGAAGAAGUCUGUGGCUCAUAACAUGACCAUGCCCAAUAAACUGCUGAGGAUCAAAGAUGAUGGGACCCUGCUGUACACCAUGAGGUUAACUGUGCAUGCAGAGUGCCCAAUGCAUCUGGAGGAUUUCCCCAUGGACUUUCAUUCCUGUCCACUAAAAUUUGGCAGCUAUGCCUACACAAUCUCAGAAGUGACUUAUGCUUGGACUCUAAAUGCCUCCGACUCUGUCGUGGUGGAAGGAGAAAGCUCCCGCCUUAACCAGUACGACCUGCUUGGACAAACGGUCGGUCAAGAGACUAUCAAAUCGAGCACAGGUGAAUACACUGUGAUGACGGCUCAUUUCCAUCUGAAGAGGAAGAUUGGUUACUUUGUUAUCCAGACGUACCUCCCGUGCAUCAUGACAGUCAUCCUUUCCCAAGUGUCUUUCUGGUUGAAUAGAGAAUCAGUGCCAGCCAGGACUGUGUUUGGUGUAACCACUGUUCUCACAAUGACGACACUGAGUAUCAGUGCAAGGAACUCACUUCCCAAGGUUGCCUACGCCACUGCCAUGGACUGGUUCAUCGCCGUCUGCUACGCCUUUGUCUUCUCCGCUUUGAUCGAGUUUGCCACUGUGAAUUACUUCACAAAGCGCGGCUGGGCUUGGGAUGGAAAGAGUAUUGUGACUGAAAAGAAAAAAGAGAGGGCUUCUAUCGCCAAGAAGAAUAAUGCCUACGCUGUAGCAGUGGCCAACUACGCGCCAAACAUCGCCAAGGACUCCAGCACACUUCCAACUAUCGCCAAAGGUGGAGCUAUGGAUCCUAACAAGCCCAGAGCACCAGAUAGCAAGAUGACAUUCAACAGCGUUAGCAAAAUAGACAGGAUGUCAAGGGUUCUGUUUCCGGUUCUCUUUAGUAGCUUCAACGUUGUGUACUGGGCGACCUACUUAAGCAGAGAACCCGAUAUAGAGGGCAUGGUCCCCUCCACUUAGAGGCCAGUUGUAGUGCGUUCUGGUCUGGGGUCCAAGAGACGAACCAAAUACCUCCAGCAACUGUGUACAUAUACCUUUGCAGAGUGAAGUCCUGGAUUGCAGUGUGAUCCUCUAUCUCCGCCUGUUUUCUACACUGUCUGCAGCACUUUUGAAAAGCCCGGCUUUUGUAAAUGUGUAUGUAUAUUUAUAUUCAUGGUUUCAUGGUGACAUAUCGUGUGAUUACUUCUAUUAGAGUGCAUAUUUCCUUGAAAGUAUGUUUCCAGUUACAGUA